AUGUCACUUGUCUUACAGCGCACAGGCCUCUCUGCAGUAAAGCGUUUGAAGUGCCCAACCGCAGAGCUUUGCCACAGGCAGGAGUCCAUGCCGUUUCUUGGCGAGCUGGCACCAAGAUGGACUGCACCCGUCCAGGACAGCCCGCUGCAGGACUUCGGCAUUGCAGUCCCUUUCAUUCCCUCACAGCGCAGCAGCAACCUGAGCUUUCCAAGUCACCGUCCUGGGAAGGAUCAGGUCUCAGAGCUGAGGGCGAAGGCUGCAUUCUCCCCACUUGUGCUUGCUUUGUCUUUCUCGCCUUGUUUGUUGGCAUGGGCGAAGGUCGACGAACAGGUGGACCUGCGUGUGGCCGCCGGCGCUGCGCCCUUCAACCACCUUUGUCGAGUGUAUGUGAACGUGGUGGCCCUGGCGCUGUACAUGCCCCCCUCCCCUGCCCAGCGCUGGAAGGACCUUCGCGGGGCCAUCGAGCUUGCCUACAAGGAUGUGGCCACUGCCUUCGUGCAGUUUGUGGAAGAUCCUGGGAAUGCUGGGAGGCCCUUCUUCCUGGCCGGGCACAGCCAGGGAACCAUGCACCUCAUGCGGUUGGUCCAGGAGGAGGUGGAGCCCUAUCCUGACCGAAGGGACCGCUUCGUGCAUGGAUACCUCGCUGGCCAGACGGUUCCACUUCGCAUGUUCCAGACUCUCCGCCACGUGCGGCCGAGCAUCCGGGCGACGGACAUUUGCUCAGUGUCGAGCUGGAGGACCGCUGCCCCACAGCACAUGGUUCUCGUGCACUGCGGGAUGAUCUUUCACAGGAAUGCGGGCUGGUUGCCGCUGACAGGAAAGAUCCUGGCCACGAAUCCGGUGACGUGGGAGGCGGGAGCUGGCAACAGAGCAUCCCACCCGCAAGAGUACCUCGGGGCUGCCUUUCCCCUGCCGGAGAACCUGGAUCCAAGGGAGAGCCAAGGGCUCGCGUCGGGUGUGGUGCUACGCUUUGGGAGCCUCGUGGCAUCGAAGACGUCGAUCCUCGGUGCCCGCCUGAAAGCGCUCAGCCCGGUUGAUUGCGGAGAAGUGACGGUGGUGGUUGACGGGCAUUCUGUGACUCGCGUGCCCAAAUUGCCCAGUACCUCACUCUUUGCUGUAGCAGAGCACGACUGGUUGAUGUACCACGACGUGGACAUAGCCCUCUUCCAUGGCAACCUCCAGGCCAAUGCUGAACAUCGGCAUCAGGCCUGGCAAAUGCGUGGGCGCAGCCGGAUGUGA